GGAAAUUGAUAAAGAAUUUGUAAAGUGUACAAAAUCAAAGAACUUAGUAUAGUUAAGGAAAAGGAGUGAUGCAUGACAUACAUGAUGUUGUAAAUAUUUCGGGGUUAUAGAAAAGGGAAACGUUAUAAUACCACUGUGUUUGUCCAGUUUUCGCAACAAAUAUAAAAUAGGAUUACCCGGUAUUAUUGUACUGAAGUUCAAUAGAAUCCGUGUGAGAAGGCAUGACAAAACGAAGAUGUGCAUCAAUUGUGGAGCUCCUGAUUUGGGGACUGGCAUUCACCUGGAGCACUCAGGAACCACCGGGUCCAUGCACCCUGCCGUCAUACCGUCGGAAUAUCUACUGAGUCGAUUGGCAAUAAUAGAUGUGAGCACACUAACGACUCUAAACCCGUCAGUGGUACUCACAUUGGACGUGGCGCUGCAAUGGGCGGCGCUCAAGCACGACCCCAAAGAGCCCACGCUUCUACUCUUCAAGUUCGGCUGGACUGAAGUUGAUAACAGCCACAUUAACGUGAGGACGUGCGUCUGCAAGAUACCUGAACUUCCAGGUUUAAGCUACGAGCUCGCAGAAUGGAUCGCGGCGAACUUGUCCCACGUGGUGGGCGUUGCGACAGACACCCCUACCUUCGAGUCCGAGCAGACGAGGGAGUUCGCCAGCAGAACUGUGUCUAAUGUGCUCGGAAGAAGCGGGAUCUAUAUGAUAGAAAAUGUAUAUUUUAGGGGAAAGAUGCCUGAGCAAGGCUGUAUGGCAUUAGCAAUGCCUCUAAAACUCCUGAACGCAGCGUACGUCCCUGCCCGCUUGACAGCGUUCUGCCCAUCAUCGAAGUCAGAUCUUCACGUCGUGAUGUCGCUAAAGAAAGAAGUUCAAUCGCCAACACGCUUACCUAAUAGUCGAGUGUACGAUGUCAAUUUAGAUGAAAUAUUAAGCUAAAAUAGUUUAUAGGUUAUAAAAGCAUAUGGAUUUAU